AUGUCAGCUAACCGGUGUUUGCACUUGUUUUCUCGGCUUCAGCGGCACAUUAUCCCCCGGGCUGCCCGUUGUCCUGUGUCUUCUGGCUCUGCUUUGUUGCACAGACAACACCAGGAUGGCUCUCAGGUUUCCAGAAGAACAGUUUCAUCAGACAGCUUUUCUUCAAAACCCCCUGACACCUCUCUGUUUGUCCCGGUGUCUCUGAAGGCUGACGCCUCGGAAAAUGGGGAUGUGGGGGUGGAGCUGACACAGCCCCUCGAUAGAACUGAACUGCUGAAAGUUCUGAACAAGUUUUAUAAGAAGAAGGAGAUGCAGAAGAUGGCAACAGACCAUGGCCUUGAUGCUCGUCUGUUCCACCAGGCCUUCAUUAGCUUCAGGAAGUAUGUUCUGGAAACGCUGUUCCUUCCUGCCGAUCUGCACAUCAUCCUCAGUGACAUCUGCUCCGGGUCAGGUCAUCUUGAUGACAUCUAUCCGUACUUUAUGCGUCAUGCCAAGCAAAUCUUUCCUAUGCUGGACUGUAUGGACGACCUGAGGAAGAUCUCAGACCUCAGAGUUCCUGCCAACUGGUACCCUGAUGCUCGUGCUAUCCAGAGGAAAGUGAUUUUCCAUGCUGGUCCCACUAACAGCGGUAAAACCUACCAGGCCAUCCAGCGCUACCUGGCCGCCAAGUCUGGAGUUUACUGCGGCCCCCUGAAACUACUGGCCCACGAGAUCUUUGAAAAGAGCAACAAUGCAGGUGUGCCUUGUGACCUGGUCACUGGAGAGGAGAGGAGCUUCAUGGACCCCGAUGGUCGAGCAUCUGCUCACGUGGCCUGUACCAUUGAGAUGUGCAGCGUCACCACACCUUAUGAAGUUGCUGUAAUUGAUGAAAUUCAGAUGAUCAGAGAUCCUUCCAGAGGCUGGGCCUGGACCAGAGCACUACUGGGUCUCUGUGCGGAGGAGAUCCAUGUGUGUGGGGAACCUGCAGCCAUUCACUUUAUCAGAGAGCUGAUGUUCACCACUGGAGAGGAGAUGGAGGUCAACACCUACAAGCGUUUAACUCCAUUUGAAAUCUUGGAUCAUGCUGUGGAGUCAUUAAACAACUUGAGACCAGCAGACUGCAUUGUCUGCUUCAGUAAAAAUGACAUCUACUCCAUAAGCAGACAGAUUGAGGCCAGAGGACUGGAAUGUGCUGUCAUUUAUGGGAGCUUACCUCCAGGCACCAAGCUGUCCCAAGCCAAGAAGUUCAAUGACCCUGAUGACCCCUGCAAGAUACUGGUUGCUACAGAUGCUAUUGGCAUGGGCCUUAACCUGAGUAUAAGACGUAUCAUCUUCAACAGUCUAAUAAAGCCUAAUGUCAACGAGAAAGGGGAGAAACAGAUGGACACCAUCAGCACGUCACAAGCUCUGCAGAUAGCUGGACGCGCAGGGAGAUUCUCCUCCAUAUAUCAAGAGGGACAAGUUACCACCAUGCACAGAGACGACCUGCCUGUUCUGAAAGAGCUCCUCAGCCGCUCUGUAGAGCCCAUACAGACUGCAGGUCUGCAUCCUACAGCAGAGCAGAUAGAACUGUUUGCGUAUCAUCUACCUGAUGCUACCCUGUCCAACCUUGUCGACAUUUUUGUCAGCCUGUCUCAGGUGGACGGCAUGUAUUUUGUCUGCAACAUUGACGACUUCAAGUUCCUGGCUGAUAUGAUUCAGCACAUCCCACUCAACCUGAGGUCACGCUACGUCUUCUGCACUGCUCCCAUCAACAAGAAACAACCUUUUGUAUGCACCUCCUUCCUAAAGUUUGCCCGUCAGUUCAGUCGGGACGAGCCGCUGACGUACAACUGGGUCUGUCGCCACGUCAGCUGGCCUCUGUCUGCACCCAAAAACAUAAAAGACCUCAUUCACCUGGAAGCUGUUCACGAUGUGUUCGAUCUGUACCUCUGGUUAAGCUACCGUUUCAUGGACAUGUUCCCAGACACGGCAAUGGUUCGGGAAUCCCAGCAGGAGCUUGAUGACAUCAUAAAACAGGGCGUCCGAAACAUCACCCUUCUCAUCCGAGCCACCAACUCCUCCAUCACCGCCCCCCUGGGCAGCAGGCGGGGACAAAAGGGUGCUAUUAGCGGAAGUGCCAGCGCUGCUAAUGUGACCAAUGUGAGCAAUAAAAGAGCUGAAAGAGGCCCUGUGGAAGAACUGAUGGACAGCUCUCUGGCUGGUCGUCUGGUGAGAGACGGGCUGUUGACUCCUGAUUUGCUCCGGCAGCUGCAGGUGGAGUGGUCAAAAAAUAAAAAGCAGGAAGUCCCCAAUCAGAGCGCACUCGAUAAAGAUUACAGAGAUAACACCAGGGUGAAAAAUAAAAGGAAGAAGUAGUGAAGAAAACAAGACGGGAUCCUUGCUGCUCCUAUGGAGAGGGAUAAUUGAUACGAGCCUUGGAUAAUAUCUGGAGGUUUGAUUCAAAUAAAUCAUGUUUUUCUGCCCUGGAGGUAUCAUUAAAGCUAUUAAACAUAAAAAUGUAGCUUGACAAGACCGGUUCAUUCAUAGUAAUUUGGUCUGGACACCAGAUUAAUGGGUAAUUACAUGUUUUGCUUACAUUUACCCUAAUAAAAGCUGUCAUUGUAUUCUCCCUUUUCACUGGGAGAUUAAAAUACAUCACAGUGGAAGAUUAUUCAAAACUGUCUAAUUACCCAACAACAAACUUUACUGACCACAUUUUACAUUUCAAUAUUUGGAUUUAGCGCCGAAGAAACGUAUCUGUUGUCACGCAUUAAUGUGGGAGAUGUGAUGUCCUGCCUGAGCUAUCGGCCCACAACUAGAAGCUGACAACAUUGUUUACCACGAUGUUUUAAUGGAGAGUCACUUGGUGCCGUAAUGCUCUUUGAGAAGCAUUGUGACCAAGAAACAUUUUAACAUGCACUGUGAGUGUGUGUGUUAUGCAGGUCUGCAAAACGUUACUUUUGAUUUGUAAACUCAAAUGUGAACCCUCGGAACGGCGUGAAUAUGUAUGCAACCUAAUUGAGCGGUGAAACUAAUCUGAAAUAAAUGUAUAUUGAUUACAGCCCUGUAAGUGUCCAUAUACAGAUAAAAUGCCAUAUUUUUUCUUGUUUGUAUAUUUAAGAUGAAAACACAAGUCAAUUAAAAAUGUACUAUGUUUUAACGGU